UAGUCGGUUAGCGCAACCGGUGGUCGACGGUCGUGGACUCGCUACGGCUAAUUGUUUUUUUAAGUGUUUUAAAGUGUGAGUGAACAGUGUUAACGGGACAGGCGGAGUUAGUUUGCAGAUAAGGCUGAAAUGUUCAAUUGUUGAAACGGUUUUCGAGUACAGUUAAAUUAGAACAAGUAAAAAUGCCGCGUGUCGACAACCGGCAACCGGCGGCGACCGAAGACUUCCGCCGCGUGCUGCGGGAAAAAGCACUGAACCACAGCCUGUUCUACUUGAAGCUGAGCGCAGGAGUCGCGCCCGAGCACAAGCGCGAGUCGCACGCGCACGCGCCGCGCAGGACCAGCGGCAGUGAGGGCGCGCGCGCGCCGCCGACCGGCCGCGUCCCUCGACAGGCGCAGCCUCGCGUCUCCGAGCUCCUGCGCCGCUUCGAGCCCGGCCCGAUGCAGUACCUCCGCCCGCCGCGGGCCUCCUCUCCACUCGAAGACAUCUCGUCCUCGGACGACGACGACCGAGCGGCAGUCCGGCGCCGCAGUCGCGACCUCAGUGACGACUCCGCUGUCGAAUUAGAGACGCGUCUGCGGAGGCACUCACAUCCUAGGGAUAUUACGCCUCCGCCGGACACGAUGUCACCGAGGCGAGAGAGGACGUUGAUAGAGGCUCAUGAUGUGGAGUUGGGGCGAAGAAGUAGCGAGGGUUGUGAGAUCAGAGGGCGAUGCGUGAGGACCCCGAGCGUGGUGGUGAGCGACUACUCGGACGGGGUGGUGGCAGUGGGAGCCACGGAGGAGGAGGUCAACUGGCUGAGGUCGAGGUCCCUGUCUGCCGACUCCGCGUGCUCGUCCUGCUCCACGCUGUCCAGCCGCGAAGAUGAUGAGUUCGAGUCACCAACCCUGCCCAAAAAGAUGAUAAACGCUGAUUGAGGGCCAGGACUCUUGAGCGACCUGCGAGCGCCGGCGGCUUUGGACCAACUGCACCUGGAUCUAACUUGAAUCUUUAGCUACAUUCAAAGUUUCUAAUGUAUAGACUUUCUUAGAAUACUAUCAGUGACUUCUUCUAUUUGACGUUUGUAAGAUAUGGUUGUGGACAAGAAGCUUGUAGGUACUGCUGGACGCUUCGAUCACUAACUCUUUCAUAUGUGUAUACUUACCAUCUGGCAGAGGAAAAACAAAUGAAGAGACACCAAAUUCGUGUGAUCUAUCUUCGAGAAAUCAUGAUAGGUGAUCAAGCAUUCCAGUUCUAUCUACAAACUUCUUGGUUGUAUGUCCUGUAGAUUGCGCGGGAAUGUUUGGCAGUGACAUUGUCACUUUUUGAAAAUGGGACUCUCAAAGACUCGGAUAGGUAUUAUAAACUUUUUUGUGUGAUGAUGCGUAAGUGCGUCGCGUCGUAGAAUAUUUUCGUUAUAAUAAAUUGCCAGUUUCAAGAGAUAAGCAAAUAGAGAAACUAGAUACUCGUUUCGUUAAAAUUAAAUUUAGACUUGUUUAUUACUAAUUUAUUGUUGAAAUGUUAUCUUUUGUUGAGUUUCUACUUUUAAAUAUUCUCAAAAAGGAAAUGCUUUCGUAUCGAUUUAGAUAAACGGCAUAUCGAAUGUUACUAAUAUAAAUAAAUCGAGAUAUUUCUACAUAAGAUUUUAUAGAUUCAGAAUUAUAAUUAUCAACUCAAAUUAGGCCUGUAAUUUAAAUAAUAUUAUUGUGAGUCUGUAUCUAUUUUGUUCUGUAAAGUUCCUUCAAUUUCUAAAAAAAUAUAAUUGCUGAAAAUGCUCCAUUAUUAGUAUUAUACCCAUGGGCUAUGAAAUAAUAUGAAGGCUUGUUAAAUACCUGCAUUGUAAGACCAAAUAUUUGUUUUUCCUAUAUUUUCUUGUUACGAUUGUUAUUUAAAUCAAUUAAUAUGGCUUUAUAUUAAGAAAUAAAAGAUUCCGACGAAUUGAAAACCUCCUUCUUUUUGGGAAGUCGGUUAAAAAGCUUACAUGUACCAUUCUCGUUUGAAAUCAAGAGACUAUGGAGUGAACUAUUAAUUAAUUACUAAGAAUAAAGCGGAAAAAUAUUUAUGAAUAAAAAAUUAUACUGAAUUAGUAAAAUGUGAAAGAGGCUUUUUUUCAUAAUUGAAUCGCCAUAUUUCGUUUGAAUUGCUAUAAAAAUUAAAUCGAAAAAAAAUCACGUAUUGCUCUAGUAUUUUAAAUAAAAAUAAGUCUAUUAUUUAUACACAAAUAUUGCGAACCCUGAUGAAAAAGGUUUUCCUCUUUCCUUGUAUAGAACUACGUAUCAACUUACCUUCCUAUGAUAUUUACGUGAAACGAAACGACACUUAUGAAAUUAUUAUUAGAAAAGCAAUAUGUAAUUAGGUUUUGAUUCUCAUAAUGUUUAACAGUAAUUACUAUAGUGAGUUUUAAUUUAUUUUUAUUGUUUUACCAUAAAAGUAUUACGCUGUAGAGUAGACUUGUCUUUUAACUUUUUUAAAAUUAAUUAUUAUUUUAUAACAAUCAAGAAUAACAAAGAAUAGAAACAUAUCACUUACGUAGAUUUAUUAUUGUUUUCUAAAAAGUUAAUGUUUUUUCUUAAGUGAUAUUAUUUAUACCAAAAUAUCUUGCCUAAUGAGAUUAUUUGAAUAUUUAGAUGUUUUUGAUUUAUAACUAUACUGUAAAACAUUCCGUAAUAAAAAUUGCUACAAUAAUUUAAGUUAUAAGUUGCAGUUAUCGUUACUUUUUCAGUUGAAUCUGUUUUUAAUAAAUAAAUUAUUGUUUAAGUUAUUAUAUCCACAUGUGAAUGCUAAAUAAAAUUUAUGCAUUGUUUAA